AUGGCGAAGCCAAGCCGAGGCCGUCGCUCGCCACUUUCAGGCUCCGGUUCUGACUCAUCGUCACGCUCCCGCUCGCGUUCGCGCUCCUUCUCAGGCACCGACUCGCGCUCCAGCUCGCAUUCUCGAUCUCGCUCCAGGUCCUUCUCUUCCUCCUCUCCGUCCCGGAGUGCCAGCUCUCGUAGCCGAAGCCCUCCCUCCAAAAAAAGUCCUGAAGUUCCUAGACGAGGUCGUUCUCCACCACCACAAGCUAAAAAGGCAUCUCCACCCCCAAGGAAAGCUUCUCCAAUUCGCGAGUCACUUAUUCUUCACAUUGACCAGCUUACGAGGAAUGUGCAUGAAGGCCAUUUACGAGAAAUAUUUUGUAACUUUGGUGAUGUUGUCAAAGUUGAGCUGGCAAUGGAUCGUGCUGUUAAUCUUCCAAAAGGAUUUGGAUAUGUUGAGUUCAAGACAAGAGCAGAUGCUGAAAAAGCACAGUUAUAUAUGGAUGGUGCUCAAAUUGAUGGUAAUGUAAUCCGAGCAAGGUUUACAUUACCUCAGCGUCAGAAGGGGUCACCGCCACCUAAGCCUGUUUCCACUGCUCCAAAGAGAGAUGCUGUGAAAACUGAUGGUGUCAAUGCUGACAAAGAUGGACCGAAGCGACCAAGGGAAGCUUCUCCUCGUCGGAGGCCACCUCUCUCACCACGAAGGAGAUCCCCUGUAGCUCGCAGAGGUGGAUCUCCAAGACGACUGCCAGACUCUCCACCACGUCGUCGUGCUGGCUCUCCUGCUCGUCGUGGUGAUACUUCUCCAAGGAGGAGGCUUGCAUCUCCAUCUAGAGGUCGUUCUGGAUCUCCGCCACCAAGGCGACGUUCCCCUGUUAGAAGGAUACGUGGCAGUCCCAUUCGUAGACGCUCUCCUUUUCCUCCAAGGCGUCGUUCACCUCCUAGACGGGUUCGUAGUCCUCCCAGAAGGUCUCCAAUCAAUCGUAGGCGUAGCCGGUCUCCUAAUCGUAGGCUUGCUCGAUCACGAUCAAGGUCAAUUUCGCCACGGAGAGGUCGAGGGCCGGCUACUAGACGUGGGAGGUCGUCAUCAUACUCUGGAUCGCCUAGUCCAAGGAAGGUACCCCGAAAGAUAUCUCGUAGUCCAAGAAGGUCUUUGAGGAGAAGAAGCAGGAGCAAGAGCAGCAGCAGCAGUUCACCUCCUCCUUGUUCUAAUGGGAGGGUGCUUGUUGUAGGUCUUUACGAGAAAAAAGCAGUAGCUGUUCCCCCUCCCUCUUGCACUCAGCAGCAAUGGAUAUGUAAUAUCAAGAUUCGCUAG